AUGGAAGAGGGAAAUCACUCGGUGGUGACUGAGUUCAUUUUCUCAGGACUGACAGACCAUCCAGAGUUGCAAGUCCCCCUGUUUGGGGUGUUCCUACUGAUUUAUGUUACCACUCUGGUGGGAAAUGGGGGGAUGAUCUUCUUAAUCAGGACUGAUCCCCGACUCCACACGCCCAUGUACUUUUUCCUCAGUAAUUUGUCUUUCUGUGAUUUCUGUUAUUCCUCGAUAAUUUCCCCGAAGAUGCUGCUGAAUUUCUUAGCAGAGAGGAAGAGCAUUUCUCAUGCUGCUUGUGCUGUGCAAAUGUAUUUCUUCAUCUCUUUUUCAGAUUUUGAAUUUCUCUUGCUGGCUGUGAUGGCAUAUGACCGUUAUGCAGCCAUCUGUAACCCACUGCUCUAUAGCGUCACUAUGUCUCGGCAGCGCUGUAAUCAGUUGGUGGCUGGCGUCUAUGCUCUUGGGUUGGUGGAUUCAAUGAUACUCACAUGUUGUACAUUCCAGCUGUCAUUCUGCCGCUCCAACAUCAUCAAUCAUUUCUACUGCGACAUGCCCCCACUACUGGUGCUUUCCUGCUCGGAUACCCGCAUCAGUGAGAAUGCGAUGUUUGCGUCCAUGUGCUACAUUGAAGUGACCAGCAUUGUGACUAUCCUACUUUCUUAUGUCUAUAUCAUCUCCACCAUUGUGAAGAUCCCUUCUGCUGAGGGACGGCACAAAGCCUUCUCCACCUGCACUUUCCAUUUGGCUGCAGUGGGUGUAUUUUAUGGCACUAUACUUUUCAUGUAUUUCCGACCCACCAUCAGUUAUUCCAUGGACAAUGACAAAAUAACCUCAGUGUUUUACACGCUGGUGAUCCCCUUGUUGAACCCCCUCAUCUACAGCCUGAGGAACACGGAGGUGAAGGAUGCCCUGAGGAAAGCCGUGAAUAGACUCAUAAAUAAUCAUUGA